AGGGGUUGACUGGGCCUGCCCACAGUAAAUGUCUUCUGUGUGAACUUGUGUUGCUGUUAGAUAGUUUCAGACCUUUUCACCAGCUGACUUCUCUGCUGGAUUCUCUGUGAGACUGACAGAAGGCUGAAACUCAAAAUGAGGGUUUGGAUCUUCUUCCUUAUUUGCCUCGCUGGCAAGACUCUGGCUGCUCCAACUGAGGAGGAGCCAGUUGUUGAAGAGGAGGUGGAAGUGGGUGCCAACCCAGUCCAAGUGGAGACCGGAGAAUUUGAUGAGGCCAUUGAAGUCGAGGAGGAUGUUAUUGCUGAGAACCCCUGCCUAAACCAUCACUGCAAGAAGGGCAAAGUGUGCGAGGUUGAUGACAGCAACCAGCCAAUGUGUGUGUGCCAGGACCCCCUGACUUGCCCCGCCCCCGUUGGAGAGUUUGAGCAUGUCUGUGGCACUAACAACAAGACCUACGAGUCCUCCUGCCACUUCUUUGCCACCAAAUGCGCCCUGGAAGGCACCAAAAAGGGCCACAAGCUGCACUUGGACUACAUCGGACCCUGCAAAUUUAUUGCCCCAUGCUUGGACAAUGAGUUGAAUGAGUUUCCCCUGCGCAUGAGGGACUGGCUGAAGAACGUACUGGUGACCAUGUACGAGCGUGAUGAAGAGCAUAACCUACUCACCGAGAAGCAGAAACUCAGAGUGAAGAAGAUUUAUGAGAAUGAGAAGAGGCUGCAGGCUGGUGAACAUUCUCUGGACCUUCUUGCCCUGGACUUUGAGAAGAACUACAACAUGUACAUCUUCCCCGUUCACUGGCAGUUUGGCCAGCUUGACCAGCACCCUGUUGAUGGAUUCCUGUCUCACACUGAGCUAUCUCCUCUGCGCGCUCCUCUCAUCCCAAUGGAGCACUGCACCACUAGCUUCUUUGAGCAGUGCGAUGCUGACCAGGACAAGUACAUUGCCAUUGAGGAAUGGGCCAGCUGCUUUGGAAUCAAAGAGCAGGACAUCGACAAUGACCUGGUCAUCUAAAGCACAUGUACAGUUGAUGCUUCCUAGUUAAUAUUGGGACGAGGUGCUAACCCUUAAAUUAAAAUCAAAGUAAAGGUGCUAAUCGCGAUUUCUAACAACCUGCAUAUACCACUAAACAUUCACUAAACAUCAAUGUUUUAAAAAAAGUGCACACAUGAAAAUCACAAUGAGUGAUUGAAUACUGCCCAUUUUUUGUCUGAAGUUAGCUGAAGUUGGCCAAAUAGAUGCUGGGCAAGCUGUUUUAAAUACAGAGUUAAGGCUAUGAUGAACUAUGUAUGUUGAAAGACAUCAUUUUUGUUUCAGAAAUGGAUCUCCAAAUCAGGACUUGAAUUUAAUGUAAAUUUGGAUGGUGGAAAUGUACAAAAACAAAAUAAAGUUUCCAAAUAAA